AUGUCGACAGGACUUCGCUUCAAGUGCAACUGUGCACGCUGCUCGCAGCAUCCUGACGGAUUCACGUACCAGACACAGCAGGUUGUUGCGAAACAUACCAAGAAGUGGCCCCCUGUCGCGCAACCAUUGGCAAUCCGGGAUCCUACAACCAAUUUGUCCAGGCCAUCUGAGGGUACCGGCAUCAACCAAGAGAGACCGCAGGGCCGAUUGCCAACGGUCGAAGAAAAUGAGUAUGACUUUAACUUUAUAGAUGACAACAUACCUGGGCCUGCAGGCGAGCCGUACGAUCAUCCAGAUGAUCCAGUUCCUAUCCCGCGUCCAAGAAGACACCAAAUACCUGGCAACCAGCUGCUUCAAGACUUCAAUUUCCGUCCAGUGGCAUGGCCUGAUGAGGAUCGGCCGUCCCUUGUUCCACGAGCCUUCCAAGAACGUCCGGGUGUCCGCCUUGCCUAUCUCAACACAGUCAUUGGUAAUGUCUUCGGAAAGCAGAGCAUACAAGCUGCAACGGACGCUCUCAACAAUCAGCUAAAUUGUAUGCUACUCGAAGGUGUACUACCCGAGCAUCCGCGUCCCGUCCGCCAUCUCCUCAGCGCGAAGCGUCGACUUGGCAUUGAUGCUGACCAGUGGAUCACCCAAUACGCGAUAUGCCCCGAGUGCUGGAAGCACUUUACUCCUGCUCAGGUCAAGGAGCUUCCAUCUCCCGAGUGUACUGUGCCAGACUGCGAAGGAGUACUAUACGACGAACGUACUGACGCGAAAGGCAAGCGUGUCCGAACCUCCAAAAAGAUCAUGCCGCAUGUAUCUCUCAUCGGAAGCCUUCGCCGAAUGUUCAUGCGACCUGGUUUCGCAAAAUCAGUUCGAGACAGCCGACAAGAUCGUCCAGGACAAAACGAAGACGAAGACUAUGUCAUGACUGAUAUGCACGACGGCAUGUUAUGGCAUGAACUCGAGACAAAUACUGUCCGCGAGAUAGGUGAAUUAGGUACCGUCCGCGACCGCCCUCAAGAUAACCAACCAGCAACAACGAAGCUUACCGAACAUCGAUAUGGCCUGCAUUUGACCUUGAAUAUUGACUGGAUGGGAAUACUCGAAAAUCGGCCCCACUCUAGCGGCCCUAUCUACUACGCUAUCAACGACCUCCCACGAGAUCAACGAUUCUUACAAGUCAACGUCAUAUGCGCAGCAAUUAUGCCGGGUCCAAAAGAGCCAAACAUAGUUCAAAUCAACCAUUGUUUGGAGCCGUCUACUCGGGAGCUGAUGGAACUCAAGAAUGGGGUCAAAAUGGAUGUUUACGGAGAAGAAGAACUUGCAGAUGUAUUCGCAGAUAAUGAAGCCCUCGCUUGCGAUAUGCCUGCCUCGCAUAAAUGUAAUGGAACAGCUGGACACAGCCACGACUUCCAUCCAUGUGCGUUUUGCGACAUCGACAUCGUCAAAAUCAAUACUCCCGAAGGCUACAACAAUUCGUGGACCGCCAAAGAUGAUCAUCACAUGCUUCGUCAGAGCUUCUACUCUAAGGAUGCUACUCCCACUCGCCAAGAAGCGAUCUUACGAGACCACGGAGUUAGAUUUAGCAUUCUCAAUGUCAUUCCAGGCUGGUUACCAUCGAGAAAGUCAGCUCUUGACUUUAUGCACUGUAUCUUCCUUGGAAUCAUUUCGCACCUAUUUAUGCGCGUGUUGUUUGGUGGAUAUAUGCUCUCGGGCAUGGGUGGUGUCAAUUCUCCGAAGCGACGCUUUGAAGACAUAAUUAAUGCUGUAAGAUGGCCUAGCCACGUCACUCGACUGCCGAAAAACCUGGGUGAAAACCAAUCCCUCAAGAAGGCUGAUGAGUGGCGUCGUCUUCUAACGAUCACCCCGGUCAUUCUGUGGUGGUCUUGGAGGGACGCUAAUGACGAAAUACCGGACACCGAGCCUCCUCUUCCACCCAAUACUGUAGCCCCGGAUUUCUCCCGUAACCGCCGCUCGCUGUAUAAGGCCAUUCUAUUCCUGUGCACUGGUGUCCGAAUUCUCGCAUCCCGCACGAUCUCUAUGGCCCAGGCUCGCACUGGUCAGAGCUUUCUAGCCCAUUACUGCUUGGAAUGUCUGCAGCUUCGCAUCCCACUCACCAUCAACCAUCAAGCUUCGAUGCAUACAGCUGAUAUGAUAAAGAAGUUUGGUCCUGUAUACGCCUGGUGGCUCUUUGCAUUCGAGCGGUUCAAUGGGAUGCUGGAACGUGUUCACCAUAACGGUCAUGAUGGAGGACGGAUCGAGUUGACCCUCUUACGGAACUGGGUCCAAACUCAUCUCAUUUACGAGUAUCUUCUUGCUCUUCCCGCUGACACUCAUUCUUUCGAACGGGACCAAAUUAACCGCAUCAUCAAGGUACAAGCUCAAGACCGUGGAAGUAUGAUGACGCAGAUAGCAGUUUAUCAGAGCGAAGCUGCCGAAGACAAUGUUAGGUUACCACUCCGUACUGCAAAAUUGAUCAAUCUCCGUACAUACGGCUCGCCUCAAGGAAUAUUCUACCCCAUUCUUCUCCAGUACUGUCGUUCUCUAUGGCCCGACCUUCACCUGGUUGGUGAUUUAUCGUGCGACGAUGGCAUCCCCUUCUAUGCGAACAAGGUAGCUCGUGCACUCACAUACAUUCGCAAAGACGGCAUUCGUUACGGCUGCACCAUGAAUCGGCGCACGCACGCUGACUCAUUUGCGUUCAUAUCGCAAGGUAGAACGCGUGUCCCUGCGCAAAUCACGGCAUUAUUCGUGGUUGGUGUUCUUGAUGUCGUCCCUCAUGUUUGUGCGGUGGUGCGGAGAUUAGUUUCUGAUGAUAACAUUCCUGCAAUGCCAUGGGACCUCAACGCAUCUACACUUGGUAUUCAUGUCUCCUACACUGAACUGGGCCCUCAGGAAGUGAUUCCGGUCUCAUGGAUCGAGUGCCCACUGGCACUGAUUCCAGUGUACUCAAACAUCAUCAAAAAGGAUCUAUGGAUUACCAUCUCGUUUGACCAUGUAAGUGUACAAAUAACUCUCGUGUAA